AUGUCGCAAACACAACUGCGCUCCCGCGCCCACGCUGCGGUUGACUAUGAGCAACAAGCCGAAAAAUUGUCGCUCGACUCUGGCAGCAAUGCUGCUGACGAGAACUCCCAUGGUGUCGCCGUCAAGGCGACCUUUAUCACACCUUUAGAUCCUGUCAUCGAAACCAGUGAUGGGAACAGACUGCCUUCUGUACCCGUGCCAGAAGCACACAGGAUCAAUUUGCUGAAGGAAAGGGCUGAAGGCCGGCAAUACCGCCCAACGAAACCUAGGGGGCUGAGUAGAUUUGACAUCAAAACCGAGGAGGAUGCUGUGGAUAAACAAGAGCUACUACGAGGGGAUCAAGAGAGCGAAAGGAGUCGCCUCGAGGACGCAAUACCACAAUCGCAUACACAUCCACUAUUUCCUCCCUUACCCUUAUACGGCCCUCCGACAUUUCUUCGCGACGUACAGUGUGCCAUCCUCCGGACGACAUCUGCUUUCCUCUCUACGGGCUUUCUGGCAGUCAUUGUCCUGGGAGCGCUGUUCACGUCAAUACCACACUUCUUCAAGUAUAUUUGGGUGUGGAUGACAUUUCGAGAUCCUGACAAGAAGAGACCCUUUUACGAGGAAGAACGAAGAAGAGCACAUAUUCGCAAAGAGAAAGAAACGGAGUGGCUGGAUAAGAAAUCCAGGCGUGGCCGCGAAGUCGAAACAAAUGGAGAGAAAUCGGGGGAUCCUGCAACAGACAACUAUGAGCCCCUCGAGGGUGGGCCCGACAGAAUCAUCUGCGACAUACGAUACUAUGCACGCCGAGUUGGUUUGGACGCCGAGGAGUUCAGAGUGCAGACCGAGGAUGGCUUCAUCAUUACCCUGUGGCACAUCUACAACCCCAAGGAAUACAAACCGACCUCCGAGGCACAUCGACGACAAAAAUCUCCGGACGUCUUCUUAGAACAGAAUGGAGACGAAGCACAUGUCCAAAGACAGUACCCUGACGGCGAGAAGAGAUACCCUGUAUUGCUGGUUCACGGUCUCCUGCAGAGUGCUGGUGCAUACUGUGUAAAUGAUGAUGACAGCCUGGCUUUCCUCCUUUGCAAAGCAGGCUAUGAUGUCUGGCUGGGGAACAACCGAUGUGGCUUCAAGCCUGAGCACCGUCUGCUUCGGUAUAAUGAUCCACGCAUGUGGGCUUGGAAUCUGCGUCAAAUGGGGGUUAUGGACUUGCCCGCAUUUGUGUCCAGAGUGCUCGAAGAGACAGGCUUCGAGAAGCUCGGUUUAGUCUGUCACAGCCAGGGAACAACACAAACCUUUGUCGCGCUUGCAAAAGAACAGCGACCCGAGCUUGGUGACAAGAUCAGCGUGUUUUGUGCCCUCGCUCCAGCGGUAUAUGCCGGGCCUCUGAUCGACAAAAUGUAUCUCAAGUUCAUGCGAGUUAUAUCACCGCCAAUGUUUCGGCUCUUCUUUGGCAUUCACAGUUUCAUACCUCUCAUGAUGACCAUGCAUCGGACAUUGCCUGGCAAAAUGUACGGCGCCAUGGGGUAUCUGGUUUUCUCCUUCCUGUUCAAUUGGACUGAUACACGGUGGGAUCGUGGAAUACGAGACCGCCUAUUUCAGUUCUCGCCGGUAUACGUCAGUGCAGAAAGUAUGAGGUGGUGGCUGGGCCGGGAAUGUUUUGCAAAACACAGGUGCGUUUUAGCAACCUUUGAAGCGGGACAGAAAGAGGAGGUGGAGGAUGAGUCAGAUGAAGAACAAAAAGAGAAGGCCAUGGCCAACAGCUCUGAUCGAGGACGAUCAGCCUGGUAUGAUGAACGUGUGCCUCCAAUGGCUCUAUGGAUUGCCGGAAGUGAUGAUCUGGUGGAUGGUCACCGACUGUUGAGAAGAUUUGAGAGAGGACGCGAACCGCAUGUCAAGGUCGUUCACAGCAAGGUCAUACCUGAGUAUGAGCAUCUCGACGUCAUUUGGGCACUUGAUGCGGCAGAAAAGGUCGGCAAAGAAGUCCGCGAUGUGCUGUGGAAGACGAUGCCUGAUGAAGCCAGACGCGUAUGCAGGAAGAUUACUGGCGUUGAUGAGGAAUUGCAGGCAGAUGGUAAAUAA